AUGUCUGAUACGCCACAAAUUCAAAUCCCAACUCCCACAUCCCUAACCUCCACAUCGAGCUCGCUCCCGCCGGAGACGUCACAGGCGCUAAUCGCCCACCUGCGCGCGACAGGCCAAAUCUCCGACCUCUCGGCCGUCCUCGCCGACUCGCUGGCACGGACGGGUUGGACAGACCGGGUGCGCGCCCUCUCCCUCGAGCUCCUCCGCAACGGCACCUGCGACACGUUCCCCGAACUGCUGACCGAAGUCCUACGGCGAGCCAAAAUCCCCAACUCGAAUACCUCCGCGUCCUCAAAUUCCACAAGUAAAGUGAACGGGACGUCGACACCGACGAAUGGUGCCACGGGAGGCAUCACAGGGAACAACGCAAUAGCGCUGAGUAAGGAGUGGUCGGGCGGACCCGAUGGCUUACCUGAUGUGCGCAUCCCCGAGACUACCGUCGAGCUGGGCGUCGAGUUCCUGAAGGACAAGAUCAAAGAUGUUGUGGAGCCGGUGGAAGACGAUAGUGACUGA